AUAUUUAUUUUUAUUUAAUUUAAGGUUCUAUUUGUAUAUUUAUAUCAUAUUUUCAUCAGCGGUUACCAGGUUACUGAGGCUUUACGAGUACAGAUGGAAGUUCAGAGAAGACUGCACGAGCAACUGGAGGUGCAGCGUCAUCUUCAGAUCCGAAUAGAAGCACAGGGAAAGUAUCUGCAGUCAAUUCUUGAUAAAGCUUGUAAAGCUCUUAGAGUUGAGGACAUGGGCUCUGCAGGGCUAGAAACUGUUAGGGAAGAAUUCUCUAAACUCGCCAUCAAAGUUGGUAGUGAAUGUGACGGGAUUACCUCGCUGCCUUCCAAUGGCAAGGACAUGGUGUUGAAUGGAAGUCUUGUUACCCUCGCACCACAGGCUGUUGCACUGAAAAAAAGACCACGGACUUUCUUUGGUAGUGGAGACCCAUCGCCUUUUGAAGGCAAUAUGCAGGCAGCCGAGUGGACGACGGCGAAUAUUGGAUGACUUUAGCAGACAUUUCCUUUUUAUUUGUGCGUUCGAUUGAACUAAAUGAUUGAGCAAUGUUGUAAACUGUAGUGUCAGUUGUUUGUAUAUUCUUGAAGUUGAUUUACAUGGGUCAAGAAACUUCAAAGUGAUUUUCAUUAUUCUCUUGUAUUUGUCAUUUAUAAUGUAAUUUAAACCUUCCUUUCGACCCACAUCCCUUCGCACA